AUGGAUAAGUAUGGGCUCAAGGCACUUUUACCUCUGAUAAGGCGUGAAGACCAAAGUGCGGAUUAUGACCCUUCUAUGACUCUGGGAAUCGAUCUCACACCAGUGCUUCACUCGUUAGGAAUUUCCAGUGAUGCAAACGGGAGACAAAGAGUUUUAGACACAUUUCCAUCACCAUGGGUAGAAACCUCGCGUAGCGAGGUAGAACCGCGCUUUUUUAUUCCCGAAUCGUUUACCAAAAUUCCCAACAUACUGCAGUCUGGGUCUAAUAACCCGGUUUUCAACUCAGUCCAACAGGACCAUGCCAAAAUCUCAUUAUUUCAAGACGAAACACUUUUUUACCUCUUUUACAAACAUCCAGGCAGCGUCGUGCAGGAACUGACGUAUUUGGAGCUCCGCAAGCGGAACUGGCGUUACCACAAGACUCUAAAGGUAUGGCUCACAAAAGACCCAAUGAUGGAACCAGUGGUAGCACCAGGAGGUGCAUCCGAACGAGGCUCGUACGUUUUCUUCGACCCACAGCGCUGGGAGAAGUGCCAGCGGGAUUUCGUGCUGUUCUACAACGCUAUAAUGUAA